AUGACAAAUUUUAAUAGAAGCGAUUUUUCCUUCUUUAUCAAUAUUAAAUCAUCAAGUAAGUCUCUAUAUGAUGAUAUUACGAAUAGUAGUCAAGUUGCAUCAUUAGCGAAUGGUAAAAUUACAAAUAUUUCUGAACGAUUACAGCUUGUCGAACGUUUAACUAUUCAUAUAACGCUUAUUGUUUCUAUUAUUGGUUUAAUUGGUAACGGUUGUACAAUUAUUGUACUUAAUAGACAAUCUAUGCGCAAAUGGCGUUCAUCAAUAUUAUUAUCAUCAUUAGCUGUAGCCGACUUUCUUUAUUUAUUAAUUAUAUUCUUAUCCAUAAUUGACGAAUUAAUAAAUCAAAUUAUUGGUCUUAAUCGAUCGUUAACAUUAUGUCAAGUAACCGUGUAUAUAACACAUGUUUGUUCAUUUUUAUCAGCUAAUUUUACUUUAUCAUUUACAUUACAACGUUGUGUUGCUGUUACUUUUCCAUUACACGCUGAUACAAUAAUAUCAAAUCGUUCAUCAAUAAUAAAUAUAUUAGUCUUAUUAUUAUUUGGCUGCAGUUUUUAUUCGUUUAGUUUUUUUCUAACAAAUAUCUCACAUGGACAAUGCCGAGAAGAUGAAACUUAUCCAGCUUUAUUUCCAUUACUAAUUGUCGAUACAUGUUUAACAUUUGUUGUACCGUUUAUUUUUAUUCUUAUAUUUAAUGGUGCUAUUCUUUAUAAAUUACAGCAACGAAAAAAAUUCUCAAGUGUUUUUGACGGUUCAUUAAUAAGAACAAGCCAUCGACGAACUCCUUCGCCGACAACUAUACGUGGAGUCGACGGUCAUGUUGCACAAGAACAAUUACAUUCACAGAAAAUUAUUACAUUAGAAAAUGGUAAUAAUCCAUUAAAUAUACCAAUAUUAUCAGCUCGUAAAUUGUCAGCACAGUUUUCUGGCUCAUCAACAAAACUCAAUCGAUAUUCAUCACGCUUUUUGAAUCCGCGUUCAUCAGUAACAACAAUAUUGAAUGAAUACGUUUCUACGCCAUUAAAUUUCAAUAAUCGACAAGCAAUAUCACAACGCACAACUAAAAUGCUUGUUAUAUGUUCAACAACAUUUCUUUUAUUUAAUUCUCCGUAUUGUGCUGUUUUACUAUAUUCAAUUAUAUCAAAAGUUGUUCUAACACGUACUCUUAGAAUUUUAAGGCAUUUUUAUUUUAUGUCGUUCUGUUUAAACUUUUUUCUAUAUUCGUUAUGGGGAAAUCGUUUUCGCGAGGAAUUUAUUUUACUUGUGAAAGGAUGCUGUUCAGGAAAUAUUCAUUUACCGUGUUCGAACGCUGAUAAAAUGGAAAACAAAUCUAGAUUCUGUCGUGUCAAUACAACAACAGCUGUUUAA